GGAGCCCGCAAACUGCCGUCCGAGCGCGUGCUGCGAGAGGAAGUACCUCUCUGAUGACCAAUCAGCGGCGAGAAGCCGUUUUAACGUCCCUCCCUUUUCCACCCCUCCUUCCCCGCUCACUGGUUCCUACCCCCUCCUACCCGCUUGGGCUCUACCGGGUUCGGCCCUUCCAGGACACCGUCGCCCGCGCUCUCGUCUCGGAGUCCGGCCGCGACCUCUCUCGGCAGUAUGGCCAGCUCAGAGGCUGAAUGGGUAACAAUUGCCAAUAACCUUCUUUUUAAAUGUCACAUACACCUGAGGAUACAUGAACUUGGAGACUGUGAUGCUAAUGUUUUUAUUGCACUUUAUCAAUCCAUUUUGGGAGAAAAGGUACCAGACCUCAUAGUUACCCCCAGCACUCAAGAAGAUGAUGCCCACAAUGUACAAGCAGUCAUUGAUUCACUAGCUUUGGAUUACCUCCAGGUCAGCCUGUCUCACAUAACAGGAGAAAACAUAGUGAGGGGGGAUAAGGAGUCUAUCAAGAAUCUCCUAGAAAUAUUUGAUGGAUUGCUGGAGUACCUGACCGAGCACAUCAGUGAGACAUCGCACAGCAAAGGUGAAACUGAACAGUAUUUUAAAGACUCUUGUGGAGAAGAACCCGUGGAAGAGCUAGAAAGUAUCAAGGAGUCCAAGUCAUCAUGGAAAAGAGUGUCUUUGGGGAGGUGUUCCUCGUUGUCUGAUGCUUUGGCCCCCACCUGGGAUGAAGCUGAAGCUGAAUCUACAGGUGAAAUAAUUAGGCUCGGAGACACCGCGCAUACCUUCUCCCUAAGAAGUAAUGGUGCUCAAAAUUCUAUAGACUUACAGUCUUGGAAAACCUCGGCCUCACCAAGCAUUAAACCACAUGAGGAAGUGUUGGACCCUGGCUCAACAGGCUUUCUAUCCAAGACUGGGACAGCUUUUGAAGCAGCAGAAACUCCUUCUGUGAGAAUGGUUACAAGUGCCAGGAAGUUAGGAGAGCCGAUCCGCGCUGCCAUUCCCUUACACCCCCCCUACCAUCCUUCUGAGCCUCGAGCACCUUGGCCCAUAGGGAAGGAAUUCCUCCGUUCAAGUCACUACCCACCUGCAGUGAUCUCUGGAGAGCUUACAGCACUCUCUGUGGAACCAGAAGAUAAAGUUUCCUCAACUUCCAUGUUAUCCAAAGAUGAUGAACAGGACAUAUGUCUAGCUUUGACUCAAAGCCCCAGGACAAGGAAGCUUCCUAAAGAAAAAAGAAAUGAAAACAGAGCUGUAGCCCCCUCAGGGUAUCCGCCUUUCCCUCAGAAGGCCAGGAAGCGGUUAACAGAACAAGAACUGCAUGCAGUGUCAGAGAAGCUCUCUCAGCAGCUCUCUGAACUAGACUGGAUGUUAAAAAAUGCCCUGGGUGAGCGAGCAGCAGGCAAGACUGAUGGUAAUGAAGGCAAUACUGGAGACGAAGAGGUGCACAGUGGGAAUGAGAUCCUGUCGCAGCAUAGUGACAGCAUCAUGGAGUACGGACCAAAGAAGCCGAGGCCAGGACUUUCCAUGUACAGAAAGGCACCUUACAGGUCCCACUCGCUGUCACCAUCAUCAGUAAAGAAGCACAGACAAUUAGAGAAAGAGAGAAGAAAGCAGCACAAGUCUAAAGGGGCAGACACCCGCCAGUUCCAAGCAAAGGCGUUAACUGAAGCAUUUGAACGGGAAAUAAGAAAAAAUAAAGUUCAGGAGAACAUUGGACUUCGAGGGAUAAGUGACAAUGAGGAGGAAACAGAAAACACACACAGAGAAGCCAUUCCUAAAGGAACUCCAAAACAGAGUCAGGUCCAGAAGAUUUACUCCAGAAAAACUACAGCUCCAAGUCCAAAAGGUGGUUUCCUGAAGUCAAGCAAGGCAGCUCCGAUGAAAGUAAACGAACACAGUCUCCUGCCCCUGAUGCUGGAACAGUUCCCAUUUCUUUAUGUUUCUGACCCAACACUGACCAAAAUGUGGAAGCAGCAAAUCGCACAGGUUGAACAACUCAAAAGGGAAGCUCAGAGAGAAAACCGAUCAAAGAAGAAACUCCAGGAUGAAAUAGAAGAGGCCCUGAGACGGCAUGACCUCCUUACUGCCCUUGUCAAGAAAGAGUAUGAACAUAACCAGAGGCUGCAAGACUUCAAGGACCGAAUUCGCAGACAAAGGCUAACCCAAUCAAAGGUAAAAGAAAACCGUCAGCAAACUGUUCGUGCCCGGAAAUAUUAUGAUGACUACAGAGUUCAGUUACGUGCGAAAAUGAUGAGGAUGAGAACCCGGGAAGAAAUGAUCUUUAAGAAACUGUUUGAAGAAGGUUUACAAAUUCAGAAGCAAAGACUACGAGACCUAAGAAACUACGCCAAAGAGAAACGCAACGAAGAAAAGAGACAGCACCAGCAUGAGCUGGACUCGAUGGAAAACUACUAUAAGGGCCAGUUUUCAUUGCUGGCAGAAGCUAUAUCACAGGAACGUCAGGAACUCAAAGCCAGAGAGAAAUCCCAGGCUCAGACGUUCCAUAAGAUGAAGAGGGAGCUGAGAGCUAAGAUGGAGAAGGAAAUCCAGCAACUGCAGUAUAUAAUAACCCAGAACGACGACGAUGCUUUCUUCCGGGAACUAGAGGCUGAGCGGUUCAGAGCUCGGCUGCAGCUGGCUUCCUUCCAAUACAGUAAAAGUCCUUUCCCAGGAGGCCAAACUUGAUAGGUUUCUGGAGACCUUAGCAAUAGGGGCAGAGCUAGACCUGAGCCAGUAAACAGUCUAAAACCACAAUAUGCCUUAUUUAUGUAUUCAUGCUAAAACUUUUAAUUUUUUAAAAAUAAAAACUUUUCCUUAAAGCUUACCGCUUUUGAAUCUAUAACCUAAAACCUGAGAAAAGAGAAUAGACAUUUUAUCCUAAA